AUGUCAAGACGAGUAGUUAUCACAGGAGUCGAUUGCAUUACUCCACUGGGUAACUCUGUCAAGGAAUCAUGGUCAAACCUAUUAAACUCUAAACAAUGUCUUACAGAGAUAUCCCACUUACCUAAUUAUAAAACUUUAUUCGAACCUCACAUUAAACACUUGCCCACUGGGUUAAGAGUCGGUAAAUGUAAACCAUACAAUUGGAAUUCAGUUAAUACUCUGUUUACUAGCCAGGAUCAUAGGCGUAUGUCGUCCAUGAUGAAAACUACUAUUGCGGCAACGUUUCACGCAUUGAACCAAGCUCGAUUAUUGGACACAAACAGGCAAUUUCCGGAGACAAUUAAUCCUCAUAGAGUCUCCACUUCGGUUGGUACUGGAUUACCAGCAAUCCAUGAUAUAUAUGAAGAAUCAAUAUCGAUGGCUUUAAAAAAUAAAAAACCCUCGCCAAUGUUCAUACCGAAAGUAUUGGGAAAUAUGAUUGCUGGUGCUGUCUCGAUCAAAUUCAAUUCGAAGGGUCCAUCUCAAACAAUCUCCACUGCAUGUGCAACUGGUAAUAACUCUAUUAUGGAUGGCUAUCAUAACAUAAAAAAUAAUUAUUCAGAUGUGGCGAUAGUGGGCGCAACAGAGGAUUCGUUACAUCCAUUAACUGUGGCAGGGUUCCACAGACUUAAGAGUCUCUCAACAACUUCAAAUUCAAGACCGUUCGACAAAGGACGUGAUGGUUUUGUCAUCAGUGAAGGGACAGGUGUAAUGAUUCUUGAAGAAUUGGAACAUGCUAAAAAAAGGAUACACAGUGGACAAUCUAAUGUCAAGAUUUUAGCAGAAUUAGUUGGGUGCGGCUUGUCUAGCGAUGCCUACCAUAUCACAUCACCGAUGGAAAACGGCAAAGGUGCACAAUUCUCCAUCGAGAUGGCUUUAAGAAAUGCCAAUGUCACCGUCGAUGAAGUAAACUAUGUUAACGCACAUGCUACAUCUACUCCGGUGGGCGAUCUUGCUGAAUUGAUGGCUAUUUCCAAAACUUUAUCUGAUACAACUACCACACACCAUAGUCCAUUGUAUAUAUCUAGUAACAAAGGCUCUAUGGGCCAUCUUCUCGGAGCAUCAGGGUUAGUAGAGUCUAUCUUUACAGUUUUAUCCUUGCAAACGGGUAUAAUACCUCAUACAUUAAACCUUAAAGAAGAACUGGAACUUCCAUCAGAGUCAAUUUCUUCUAGAAUUAAAUUAGUUAAGGGUAAUCCAAUAAAAGUUGAGAAUAUGAGGUAUGCAAUCUCAAACAGUUUUGGAUUUGGCGGUGUCAAUACAGCGUUGUUAUUUAAAAAGUGGGAACAAUGA